AGGCGGCACGGUGCGGAUCGAUACGGCAGUAAAAUGUUCAAAGUGGGAUAUUUUGGGAAAAGCUCGACAUGCACGGAGACAGAAACGCGAUCACCGGGCUGAGUGUCUCGACGGGGGACAAGCAUGAAACCUGACAUCAAAUCUAACGUCAAGCUCCUAGGAGCCAGUGCAGCUGGCAGAACCACACCUGAGACCUGAACACCAGAAUGACCUCAACACAUCCUUAACACUGUCCCACCAUCAGGUGCAGCAGGUGGAAACCAUAGUAACAGACGUGUGUGUCCUGAGGAUGCCUCUCUGUUUUAUCAAGGUUGCAUCAGAGACUGAAGCAUUAUCCAAGAAUGAGCUUCUGCUAAGUGGAAGGAAGACAGGCUGUACCAUGGAUAUUGCCAUGGAACACCAACUGCUGGAGGAGAAAUUAAUGUGUAUACCACAACAGUAAUCAAGCAUGGACCUUCUUUUGGGCUGACGUCCCCUGACAAUAGCUGCUAUGGCUUUUUGUAAUGAAAGCUUGCUGGAGGAGUGCAGCUUCAUGGGGCCGGACAAUGCAGAGGACACAGCUGAAAGUCUCCCGUCAGAGGCUGCAGCUCCCCUCAUAUCAGUCACUUUACGUGUGACCCUGGCAGCCAUAAUGAUCUUCAUGAUUACUAUUGGUUUCCUCGGGAAUGCCAUUGUGUGUCUGAUUGUUUACCAGAAACCUGCCAUGCGCUCCGCUAUCAAUCUCCUCCUCGCCACGUUGGCCUUUUCGGACAUAAUGCUCUCUUUACUCUGCAUGCCCUUCACUGCAGUCACCGUGGCCACCGCCGACUGGAGCUUUGGGAGCGGGUUCUGCCGAGCGUCCAUCAUGCUGUACUGGCUUUUUGUCCUAGAGGGGGUGUCCAUACUCCUCAUAAUCAGCGUGGACCGCUUCCUCAUCAUUGUGCAGCGGCAGGACAAGUUGACGCCACACAGAGCUAAACUGUUGAUUGCAGGUUCAUGGGUGCUGAGCCUGUGUGUGUCUCUGCCGUCUGUAGUCGGGUGGAGGACAGGUGCAGCAAGUGUUGGGGGCGCCUGGGCGCCGCAGUGUGUGCUGGGAUACAGUGACUCUCUGGCAGACCGUGGGUACACAGUGCUGCUGGCAGUAGCAGUAUUCUUUGUACCAUUUGCUGUCAUGCUGUACUCUUACAUGUGCAUCCUCAACACAGUGCGCCGCAACACCCUGCGCAUCCACAACCACACCAGCGAGCAUUCCUGCCUGCCAGCACUCAACCAGGUCAGCAAAAUGAGACUCACCGGGCUGCAGCGGCCCCCUCAGAUCAAAGUGGACAUGAGCUUCAAGACCCGAGCCUUCACCACCAUCCUCAUCCUCUUUGUCGGCUUCUCUGUGUGCUGGCUGCCGCACACGGUGGUCAGCUUGCUGGCUGUUUUCAGCCGACAGUUCUACUACAGCUCUGUCUUCUACCCAAUCAGCAUAGGCGCCCUUUGGCUCAGCUACCUGAAGACGGUCUUCAACCCCGUCAUCUACUGCUGGAGGAUCAGGAAGUUCAGGGAGGCCUGUCAGGAGUUUAUCCCCAAGAGCUGCAGACUGUGUCCCAGAGUGCCGGGCCGGAGCCGCAGGAGAGUGAGGCCCAGCAACAUCUACGUGUGCAGCGAGACUCAGUCAGCUGUGUGAAACAAGGAAGUUGUUGAUGCACAAACCAGCAGCUGUUGAUACUCCUAUCAGCUGUUUUUAACUCUUUACUUUUUGUCAUAAUAAGCAAUCAGACUAAACUAAAGUUCACCUUCAGACAGUAUACUGGACAUUGACAAAAUAAUCACACCACAAGCAUGAACUUUCCAUCUCAACUUUUUAACCCAACAUCGGUGAGAAAUCCUUAAAGUGCUCAGAGAAAUUAAAUGUGAGCAUCGGCAAUUCCAUGACAACGGAAUCAAUCUGUUUAGGAAGGUUAUGUGACACAAUCGACUGCUCAAGGACAGCUACUGAAUGGACCUUGUGGUGAGAUUAUUGUGUCUGCUGCUUUCAUUCUCAAGAUAUACCAGAUGAUUUAACUUAAGCCCCAUUUACACUGCCUGUUCAAGGUGGAAAUGCCAUUGUUAUUCCUUACCCAUAAAAGGUACGAUCACGAAAUGGAGGGCAGAGUUGUCUCGCCCUUCAGCCGGCAGCAGAGGUAGUAACAGUGCUGACAGUGUAAAAUGGACAGCAGGCAGGACAGGAUGGGCGUGACGUGUUAUGUGUGGAACCAAAACAGUGAGGAGCAGUUAAUGGCUAACUCAAACAAACAGAACAGCAACCAAAAAUGUCUGCAGAUUGGGGAAAUAAUGAGGUCCAGGAGAUCCUUACCCUCCACACUACAGACCAACACAGUUAUGUCACAGUACGUGUCCACAGGAUCCGUCUAUGUAAGCAGCAGUGCCAACGCAUUCUGGUUUUGAGAGACAGGGCGUCCAGUCUUCUUUAGCAUAAAUGAAUGUAGGCUACUUUAUGGAAAUCAGGAGUGCGGCGCAACUUGAUGUCUCUGGAAACUCCUCAAAAACUUCUGAGUAACCCUUGUUCAUCUAAAAUGUAGACAGAUUCAAUAACUGCAUGGCUUAUUUCUCACCUCAGAUGUUUUCAGAAACACAUUUUGAUCAACUGUUCUCAUGCCUCUGCUGGAGAUAGGCGUGACAUUAUGUUAUCAGGUUUUCUGUCCGUCUGUCCCAUUCUUGUGAAUAUCUCAAGAACGACUUUAGGGAUUUUUUCAAAUUUGACACAAACGUCCACUUUGAUGGUAAAAGGUUAAAGAUCGAGGUCAUUGUGACCACAUCUAUUGCAUCCUUGUAAAUGUGAUAUCUUAAGAACACCUUGAGGAAAUUUCUCCAAAUUUGGCACAAACGUCCUUGGACUCAAGAAUAAAUUUAUUAGAUUUUGGUGGUCAACAGUCAAGGUCAACAUGACCUUGUAUCUGUGUCAUUCUCUUUAACAGGACAUCUCAAGAACACAUUGGGGGACUUUCAAAUUUGACACAAACGUCCGCUUUAAGUAAGAAAAUGGGCUGAUUAGAAAUUGAUGGUAGAAGGUCAAAGGUCAAGGUCAUUGUGAUCUUGUCUGUUGCAUUCCUGUGAACAGGUUAUCUUAAGAUCACCUUAAGGGAGUUGCUACAAAUUUGACAUAAACAUUUCUUGGACUCAACAAUGAACUGAUUUGAAUUUGGUGUUCAAAGGUCACUGUUACCCUCCGUCUGUCUCAUUCUCGUGAAGGCGAUAUCUCAAGAAGGCCUUGAGGGAAUUCCCUCUAAUUAGGCACAAAAGUCCACUUGGACUAAAAAAGGUGCUGAUUAGAAUUUGGUGGUAGAAGGUCAAAGAUCAAGGUCACAAAACAUGUUAUUGGUCAUAAGUCAGACAUUCAUACAAUAAUUAUGACAAAAUUUCACAUAAAUGUCUAAUAGGAUAAAAUGAUGACAUUUUAUAUAGAGAGAGGUCAACUUCACUGUGAUGUCAUAAUGUUCCCAAAAACACCUCUGGCCAUAACUCAACAUCAUAUCCCAGGAACAGAGGGGGAGACAUUUGGUUGGAUAAUGAAUUGGUGACACUAAUCUUUGGUGCCCACCUUUAAACUGUGUUGACUGUAUGGAUCUUGUGUGCUGUGGGGGGAAGAUGUGUGUGAGGAAUCCAUGUUUUCACAGACAUGGAUGUAGACUCCAACUGCAACUUGACGGGUUUGCGGAGACAUAUAACCAUGAGGCGGUUAUUGUGGUAGUAACUUAAGAGAAAGUUGCCAUGUUGGUUUGGUUUAAAAUCUGGGAGCAGACAGCCUCGUGGCACACACAAUGCUGGGAGGCAGUGCCCCUGCACGUGUUAGGAUGCCCCUGUGGACACAUACUGUUAUACGUCACUGCCUUCAUGCCUCUUUUAAUUCUGGAAUGCUGGCAUUGCUAUCUAAAAUCACACACCUGGUUUUAUAUAAACAAAGAAAGCCAGUGUGAUGACGGGUCUUUGUUGCGGCCCUGUUGUGGGAUCUCUAUGUAAAAAGGGCUUUAGUUGUCAUUUAGUUUUCUGAAACUUACCGCCAUCCAAACAAUUUCACAUUCUGCAUUUUCAAUUUCCCUCUCUGUUUCAUAAUUUGUCCGUAAAGUGUUUCAUCAUUGUCUCAGUUUCUUCAGACUGUAGACUUGAUCUUCAGGCUUUGAGUAAUAGUGGUGAUAAUAAUAAUUAUUAUUCUAUUGUCAGUUAUGUGAUGAGAUUCACAAAAAAAGCAUACAUAGUAUCAGUGUUGAGAGGAAAGUCUGUAAGAUUUCAACUGACGUCUUAAAAAAAAAAAUUUUUUAAUGAAAUUUGUGCAGAAACACAACUUUGAAACUUAUUUAAAACCACGAGUGUGUCAACAAAGACGUGUGUCAGUUAUUGAGCUGUGAAUGUUUACUUGAAUGUAUUAUCUUUUCAUGAUAUAACAAAACCAGGUAAAAUAAAUGCAGUUUUUAAAAGAGGUUGCAUUGACAGACUGCUUAGUGCCGGCCUCUUUUACCAUGUGCAUAAUGGAAAUAGGUUGCUGGGAUACUACAGACAUGUAUUCACUGUGAGUGGAUGUAUACCUACUUCGCUGAGGACAACAUACACAGCGGUUUGUCUGUUGAAUUAUAUCAGGUUAGGUAAUCCAAUUGGAGUAGUAAACAAACUGUGACUAAUUUUUCUCUAAUGAACAAAUGAAGUUAAAUCACUGUACUUUUGAUACAACCUUUUAAAUCUGUGUAUCAUUUGAAUAUUGAUUCAUCAGGUUUCAGUUUGCAUGUAUCUUUAUAAGUAGUUCCAACUCUGGUGUUAUAGAGUAAAUCCUGUGAGUCUGUCUCAGUAAGUUUAGUACAACCAACAUGAUUUGCUUUGAUCUCGAACAACUUAAU